AUGUCCCUGCGUACGAGUGCGACGGGCGAACAUCAGCGCCUAGGUCCAGCGUGUGACGAGUGCCGACGCCGCAAGCUGCGCUGCGACGGGCAGCAACCGCAAUGUGGGGUUUGUCGGGAUACAGACAAUGUGUGUGAAAUCACACAUCGAGGGACUCGAGGACCAAAGAAAGGUCAUCUGAAGGCGCUCAAAGGUCGAGUCGAGCAAUUGGAAGCUAUUCUAGAGGACCGACAACCACUCAAUACCACGGAGCCGUGCAAGCCCACGGCGGCGCCUUCUGUUCCGGAGAUUCAGCCUCAGCCUUUUGGCUUCCUAUCUAACCCAGCUUCUGAUUCUGAUGGAUUGUCUUCAUUGUUCCCCUUGCCGCUUACUAGUAAUUAUAUCCCUCUCACUGGUGUUUUGCGGACUGAAUUAGAUCAGCUCUACUUGGAUCGUGUCCACCAAUCAAUUCCCAUUCUCCACCAGAGACGUUAUCUGUCCUGGUCCAAAUCUACUACUAAGACAGCAUCGCGAACGUGUUUGCAAUAUGCUAUGUGGACUUUGGCUUCCCUUCUGUCAACUCAGUUCCGCGAUAUGGUCGAUCCACUUUAUCAAAAGACAAAGCAGAUGCUGGAGCGUCUCAGUCUCGAGGCCAAUAACGAUAGCAACGUGACUACGGAGUUUGCACAAGCAUGGGUGCUUGUAGUAAUAUUUGAAUCAAUGCGAACAUACCAUCGACAGGCGUGGAUGAGCGUUGGCCGGGCUUUCCGCUUAGUCCAAGCCAUGCGGUAUCAUGAGAUCGACAGCCCGUUGGAAAGAAAAGAGCCGCCCCCGUCUCUGACAGGUGACUUGAUUGAGGUUGAAGAGAGACGCCGGGUGUUCUGGAUGGCCUAUUUCCUUGAUCAUAUGAUCAGUAUACGCGAUGACUGGCCCAUCACAUUGAACGAGCAUGUGAUCUGCACUCGACUUCCAGCUCCAGACACAGAAUUUCAAAAUGGGCACCAUCAGCUGGGACCUUUCCUAUCGGAAGCCAUAACAGACCCUGAUCUCAAAGUUCGAUCGUCGUUCAACGAAUGUAUCAUCUUAGCUACUAUCUGCGGGCGUAGUUUGCUCCAAAGUCAGCAAUACCACAUAUCCAAGGUCUACGGAGGUAUGGCGUUAGACUGGACAGGGCAGCAUCUGUGGCUGGAAAACCUCCUAACGACAAGACUUCCGGUCUUGUCGCACUCCGCGGAUGCCUACAGCCCUCUGAUGCUAUUUGCCAGCAUCCUUGGUCAAGCUACCGUGAUAUACUUUUGCAAAACCAUGAUGAACUCUACAAUCACCUUCGACGACGAAAUACAAGCCACUGAUCCAUCCACUGAUGCCCAUGCCACUCUUUUUGUGCGCUGA